GAUGUCCGUAUUGUGACGCGCAUGCGCUCUUCUCUAACUUCCACGUGUGUGAGGGAGCGCAUUUUUCGCAAAUAUUCAUCUUCAGUUGUUUUGUGAUACCAAAAUUAAUAACAUUUUUGUUCUUUCCGCUAAGUGGCACGACAUUACAACUUUUAUGUAAAUGUGGUGUUAAGAUUUCCCUCGUUUAGCGGCAUGUUUGUCUGCUGUACCUAAGCAUAGAUGUCUGGAUAACAACAACAACACACUCAUACAUGCUAAACAUCAAAAGCUAAAUAAAAUUCAGAUUGACAGGGACAAAAACCUAAACAAAAUGCCUAAAUCAGCAAAGAAACAGACUAAAAUGGAACAGAGUUCUGAUGAUGAAGAGGACGCUUUAGAGAUGGAGAGAAACUUUGCCUUGAUUAGUAAAAGGAGCACGAUGCAAACUUCAGCAGAGGAUGAAGAAGAAAUGACAGAUGAAGAUGCAUCUGCAGAGGAAGACGAAGCACCUGAAGAGGAUGAAGACAAUGAAGUGGACGAUGAAGAUGAAGCAGAUAGUAACGAUGAAGAUGAAGGAGGCAGCACACGUGUACACGCGUCACACAUGGAGGGCAAUCUUAAAAAAGAAUUAUCAGAAAUGUCCUUUGAGGAAAUCAUGAAGCUACAAAACAAAGUUGGAACAAAAGCAUACAAUAAAAUCGCUUAUGGUGACACAAAGCCUCAGAAAAAAAACGAGCACAUGAAACGAUUAAAUAAACACAGACCUCAAGAGAUUUCUGCAAAGAAACAUGUUCCUUUCCUUCGAAAAGUGGUUCCUGUCAAGAAAAGGAUUUCAAGGGACCCUCGCUUUGAUGACCUCUCAGGAGAAUACAAGCCUGCGAUUUUUCAUAAGACGUACAAAUUCAUUAAUAACAUUCGAGAAAAGGAAACAGAGAUAGUAAAAAAGAAACUCAGGAAAGUCAAAUCAGAAACUAAAAAGGAAGAACUGAAAGGCUUGCUUAAGAGAAUGGAAAACCAGCAGAAGGCCCGACAGAGGCAAGAGCAGGAAAGAGAAAAGGAACUUCAGUUCAAACGGAAACAAAGAGAGCUGGUUGGCCAGGGACACAAACCUUUCUACCUGAAGAAAUCUGACCAGAAGAAGCUGGAAUUGGCUGAGAAGUUCAGCGAGCUGAAAAAGAGCGGGAAACUUGAGAACUUCUUAAGUAAGAAGAGGAAGCGUAAUGCUACUAAGGAUCGCAGAAAGUUGCCCAGUCAGCACACGCAGCGCCAUACAUGGACCAACCGUGGCUCAUCUAUGGCAUCUUGAGUUGAUUAUGUGUCUAAAGAAGACAUAAUGCAGAAGGACGUCUGUUGAAAAGUAAAUCUUGAGGGACUCUGAUGUUAAAAGAGGACUUGGUGUGAUUUGAGGUGUAUAUUUCAUCUACAUUUGCACAAAUAUGGAUGUAUUUUGUUAGCAGCUUUGACAUUUCAGAUGUUUUUAUUAAAUAUCCAUUGUGUUUUGAACAUUUUCUUAAAGGGACAGUACACCCAAAAAUGAAAAUUCUGUUAUUAAUUACUCACUGUCAUGUCGUUCCAAACCUGUAAGACCUUUGUUCAUCUUUGGAACACAAAUUAAGAUAUUUUUGAUGAAAUCCAAGAGCUUUCUGACCCUGCGUAGACAAUGGCGCAGCUAACACUAGGACUAUUUUAACAAUGUCCUCACUACUUUUCUGGGCCUUGAACGUGUCAGUCACGUUGCUGUCUAUACAGGGUCAGAAAGCUUUUGGAUUUCAUUAAAAAUUACUUAAUUUGUGUUCUGAAGAUAAACGAAGGUCUUACGGGUUUGGAACAACAUGAUCGUGAGUAAUUAAUGACUAAAUUUUCAUUUUUGGGUGAACUAUCCCUUUAAAGUAAAAUCCCUGACACUCUCUUAUUUUACCACUGGAUGGAGCUACUGAUUCUUUAAAUAAAGAAUCUGCAUAAACUUCUUUUUUUGUCUCAGCAAAUCUCAGUUCAGAAGAAGUUAAUAUGCAAAAAAAUCAACUAUCUAAACUGCCACCGCAUGACGUUAAUCCAAUUUUUUGACCUCAAGGGCACCAGACAU